UAUCCAGAGCGUCCAUUUUAUGUUAACAAAGCAGUGAUAUUGAUAUCUGGGUCGCGACAAUUUUGCUAUUGUGUGCCGAUAUUCUAUUCAAAAUCGUGAAUGCAGGAGUUUAGUGAGAGGCCGAAGAGGCAGAGGAGAGAUGGGGGAACUCGCUGUGCCGCUUGGGGCUGCGAUAAAUCGAAAUUAAAGGAUGGUGUUGGAGUGUUCGAGUUUCCUGCCCGUGAGAAGUCGCCGGAAAGAUUCGAUUUUUGGUGCAAAGCAGUUCGGAGGACUCGCCAGGAUUUCAAGUUCGUCAAAGGCACAUCACGGCUUUGUGGCGACCAUUUCGAUCGGGACCAAAUCGAUAACUGGAUGCAAAUCAGGAUUAUGUUGGAGGAUAAGGGUCUAGAGGCGGCUCGAAAAAUCUCGUGGAGGUUAGUGCCCAAGGCCAAGCCAAAUCCGGACCUCUUCCCCAAAAGGCCAACCCAUGGCACCCCUAGUCCUAACGUUAGGCCUUCUGUUUCUUCCUCUUCCUUCGCCGGUGGUUCAACCCCAAGACGACCCCCAACUUCUAGACCUUGGGCAACCAAAAAAGACAGGAGAAAGAGGGUCAAAGAAGCCAUGGAAGUAUUACUUCCAAGUUCUGGAAUUACUGAGUCAGCUGAUUCCACUACAGCACCAUCAUCACCAGUACCAGGGCCAUCAUCAUGUGAGGCAGACUCAGAGGCGAUGGAGAUAGAAUGCAAUGAUACAAACAUGACAAAGUUGCCAGAGCUUGUGGAUCAAUACGUGCAGACUAAGAGAACGUCUUAUCGUUCCUUUCACGUACAAGUUAUGCCAAACACUUUUUCACAAGGAACUCAAACUGAUACAUGUAAAUGUAUGUGCAAUUGUCCCCAGGGCUGUGACUUGCCAGAUCCACCACUGGAGCCAGAUGUUUGUAGUGGUACUGCCAUGCCUGUUGAAACUGAUGACGACUCGGUCAUCGAGACAGAGGAUGAAAUGCAUGAUUCUGUUGAUCCAGAUUAUGAACCAAAUUCAGCUGAUGAAUCUGAUGAUUGUGAUGAAAGGGAAUUCGAAGAUUGGCAGAAUGAAGUAAACAAAGACCCAGUCUCGGAGGAAAAGUAUUUCGUUUUUCAUUCUUGUCUGAUGACUUUGUUUGCAUCAUGUCCAGUGUGUUCAUCAGAAUCAUCGGGGCAUAUCAAAAGGAUUGGAACUUUCAUAUCGAUUGAGCAGCACUGCAGUAACAGUCAAUGUGGAUUUUCACGGGUUUGGCACAGCCAACCGAUGUGUGGCAAGGUACCAGCAGGGAACAUCCUCUUGUCAGGUUCCAUACUGUUUUCGGGCAGCAUACCAGCCAAAAUUCUUCGUUUUCUAAAGUUGUUUGGUUGCCAGGCCUUCUCCAGGACAACGUACUUUAAUCACCAGCGCAUGUACCUUAGCCCAGCCGUGACAGAAGUAUGGAGCAAAGAACAACAUGCACUACUAGUUGACGUUAAGGAGAGUGAUGCCCCUCUUGUCGUUGGUGGUGAUGGCAGGUCGGAUACACCUGGCCAUUCAGCCAAGUAUGGAUCGUAUUCCCUCAUGGACCUUGACAAUAAAAAGAUCAUAGCCAUGGAGCUUGUCCAAAGUACAGAGGUCAAAUCUUCAGUUCAUAUGGAGAAAGAAGGGCUGAUCCGCUGUGUACGCAUCCUUGAUGAAAAUGAUGUAUCGAUUAACAAGAUAAUCACUGACAGACAUUGUCAAAUACAGAAAUGGCUCAGAGAAAACCUUGGGGGAACUUCACAUUUCUUUGAUGCAUGGCAUCUUGCCAAAAAUGUGAAGAAGAAGGUUCUGAAAAUUGCGAAGCUGAAAGGGUGCGAAAUAGCUGCGGAGUGGUGUAAGGCCAUCACCAACCACCUCUAUUAUGUGGCAUCGAACACCCCUGAGGGUCAAUCUGAUCUGAUAAUUGCCAAAUGGAAGUCAUUGGAUAAUCACCUUCACAACAUCCACAAAGGUCAUGGCAACCUGUUCCCCAAGUGUGGCCACGGUAGACUUCGAAAGCGACGACGCAACAGCAAAAAGUGGCUUACUGCAGGAACAAGGGUGUCCAAUGAAUUGACCAAAAUCAUCACUGCCCCAAGAUUAGUCAAAGAUAUUGGAAAGAUAUCCUGUAGUCAACAAACAUCCGGAAUUGAGGCGUUUCACAGUGUGGUGAACCAUUUCGCACCAAAACAGAUCCAUUUCUUCCCUGAUGGCAUGGAAAGCAGACUAUGUAUUGCUGCCUUACAUUAUAAUGAAAAUGGCAAGAAGGAGCAGGCAGUCAACAAAGAUGGGAAGGAGAGGUGGGACGUCUUCUUUCCAAAAGUGAAGAAGGGGGGUCAUUCUGUUCGACCAGUGAGGAAAGAGAGCACAUAUGGCUAUGCAAAGAGACUGAUGGAUGAAGCUCAUCAUAGAUGUAAGAACAGCAUGAAGAUUACAAACAAACGAAAACAUGACUUUCUGAGUAGCAAAUAUGUACAUCCUGAUAAACGUGAAGCAGUAGAAGGCUACUUGGCGAGGUACAAGCGUUUCAAGAAAUUAUAA